AUGGUCACGCUCACCGAGCUCAAAGCACCGGCGCGCGGAUCCUUCUUUUCCAAGAAGUCCCUCAAGCUCUUCUUGUUUGAGAUUAUCCGAGAUGGCUGCGGCCGCCAGUUCUCCUUCAAUGCCAGCUUCUCCUUUUUCAUGAUUCCGAGGAUUCGUGGCAACGGCGGCAACGGGCUCGCGUUUAUCGUUUCUGCGACAAACAAGACCGCCAGCAACAUCGGCAGCGGCGUGGGAACUGUCGGCAUGGACAGACGCAGCAUGGCAGUGGAGUUUGACACGUGGCAGGACAAGGGGCACAAGGACCCGAGCGCAAGUCACGUGGGAGUCAUGUUGAAUGGCAGCCCCUUUUCGGAAGAAAGGACGUUCAACACCCCCACUGCACUGAACGAUGGAAAGAUGCACUUUGCAUGGGUGGAGUACAAUCCUGAGGACGAGGCAGAGAGCUUGAAGGUGUAUCUCGCGGAUUCAUUCAGUGCUCGCCCGGACAACCCUGUGCUGACCAUGAAGCUCUCUCUCUGUGAAGUGCUGAAGCCCACGAACACGUCCAACUCGUUCUACUUUGGCUUUGUGGCCGUAGCCUGCAAGCCUCAUGCUGGUACGUGUCCUUGCCCUCGGCUCUUGUCUGCAACGCUCUCCCUCUCCACACGUGCUGCAGGGGACUGCUGGGCGUAUGCGGUGGUGGCGAGCAUAGAAGCGGCGUACGGCAUCGCGAGAAAUAACCUGACGUCAUUCCCAUCGCUCUCCAUCGAAUCCCUCUACGCCCUCAUGGGGGUUGCUAGAUGCAGCAGCAGCUCUCCCACCAUUGCAUUUCAAAAGCUCGUUGACAAGGCCACUUUGAACAAGGACGGCCUCACUGCAGAGCCAACCAGCCCUACCACCACCACUUCGCGUGUCACUUCCCGUUCCUCCUUUUCGUCCAUAUUUUCCUCCUCCUCCUCCUCCUCCUCCUCCUCCUCCUCCUCCUCCUCCUCCUCCUCCUCCUCCUCCUCCUCCUCCUCUCCAUCAUCUCUCUCCCCUUUCUUUGCCACACUCUACUCAUAUUUAUUCCUGGCCUCACCUCCAGUAGCACAUCACCCUUCUUCUCUUAAAACUAUUACUCCCACCGCAUCUCCACCACCACAACCGGUGAAAUUUCCGGUGCAUGGGUUUGAGAGGACGGCAUUCAAGGGCUACUUUGGGCUCAUGCUGGCAGUGUGGCGCCAGCCCGUUGUGGUGCACAUCCAGGCCAACGCCGCCUCCUUCAUCUCCUACGAUGGGACAUUCAACUACCACGAUAGUGAUUGUUACACAGGCAACCUCGACCGCGUUGUACUCGUUACAGGCUACCUCACUGAAGGCACUGACACAAGCCGCCCGAGAAUCUCCGCACCGUUCUGGAAGAUCCGCAACUCAUGGGGCACGCAGUGGGGGGCGGAUGGAUACAUGUACAUGGAGAUAAAAGCGGGAGAUGGCAUCUGCGGCAUCAAUGUGCUUCCCGGCAUCUACCCUGUCAUCCGAAAUACCGGUGACCCUUGCAUGGUCAAUGCGUACAAGCUCAAGGAUGAUAAAUUCUCCGUCAUGAACCCUUGUGGCUCCUUCAAGUGCUCCCUCCCCACGAAAGGCGAAUCUCUCAACAAUUGUACCUGCACGUCUCCCUUUGUUAAGGCAGACAACGACGACGGCUCUAGCUCCUGUGCUUAUGUGGAUGCGUGCAGUGGCAGCACGCGGAACCCAUGCGAGGUGGGGUCGUGUAUCAACGAUGAAAAGGGCUCGUACACCUGUGUCUGCCCGCCCACACACUAUCUGGACUCCACCGUUGAUGGCUUCCCCACCUGCUCCAAAGAUUGGGGCAAUUCCUCCAAGCUGGUGGUGAAUGGCAGCAACUGGCAGUGUGCCGAUGUGCACCCCCUCUUCGGACUCACCAUUGAGGAGUUUAUAAGCAAUAACAAGGGUGUUAACUGCUCGAAGCCUCUUGAGAAGAAUAAAGAGCUCAACAUGACAAAGGGAGGCGUGACUCCCUGCUCUGCUUUCUACUACACUCUGCCAGUGAGUGCUGCUGCUUAA